AUGGGGUUCGGUUCGGACCGCUCAUUAAUUUCGAGGAAAACACCGCGGACACGCACCCUGACAACAAGCGAUCAACUCCUGGAUGAUUAUCCAAAAUGCUUCAUCGUGGGAGCAGACAAUGUAGGAUCCAAACAGAUGCAGCAGAUUCGCAUGUCCCUGUGUGGGAAAGCUGUCGUGCUGAUGGGGAAGAACACCAUGGUGCGCAAGGCUAUCCGUGGUCAUCUGGAGAAUAACGCUGCUUUGGAAAAGCUGUUGCCUCAUAUCCAUGGGAAUGUGGGCUUUGUGUUCACCAAGAAGGAUCUGACUGAGAUCAGGGACAUGCUGUUGGCUAACAAG